UUACUCUCUCCUGAGCUAUGACACUUAGGACGCCAGGCUGGAAACUCACUCUCUCUCGCGUCGACACGUGGCAACAAACUCGGCGUUUCAUUAAACCAGAAGUCGUGUUGGGCUUUCGUGUGUUUUGUGUAUUGUGAUAUAUUUGGUCUAAUGGGCUCAGGCUUUUGUCACUUUCUCCUCUCCUCUAACCCUAACUGCACGUUUUUUUUUCACUUUGACUCUAAGGCGGCGUCGUCUGAGCUCCCUCUCCAUUCCUGAAACGUCCGGCGUUGAAACUUCAUGUUUAAUCCAAUUGAUUUCAUCGUCCACUACGAUGUAUUCAAUGCGUCUGUCUUUGCUCCUAGGCGAUGUGUAAUCUUUUGCUAUAAAUAUACUUGAGGUCCGGCCGAUGCUCCUCCGUCGUCAGGGCGAGAAACGUCAAGUGGGUGGAUAUGCUACUGGACGUAAAUGCCACUAUAAUGCAAGCGACCAUCUACGUUAACCAGCCUCCAACAUUCCAGCGUAAACUUGCCGUCGGGACGAUGUACACCAUCUCUGGAUUCGAUGUAGCAAGGUGUGCUCAGAACUACCGACUCUCCGACUCCUCUUUGCUGCUCCGGUUCACCGACACGACAUCAUUUGAAAAACUGAUCGGACCGGUUUCUCCUUUGCCUGAAGAAGGCUUCUGGUUCUGUAAUCAAACAGAGCUGGUUGGAUUGGCUAACACGAAUACACAUUUUUUCUGUAGACAUCAUUGGUGAAGUCACUGCGGUUAAGAGUACUGUGACAGAGCCUCCGAAGAUAAGAACCGCGUUAUGGUGACGAUCAAACUGGAAGGUGAUGUGGCUAUUACACUUUGCCUAUUUGACGCUCAGGCAGUUUCCUUUCACAAAAAACUGGAAGACAUGACUCAUGAUCCAAAGGUGAUUGUUGCCACUAGCAUAAAUCUAAAGAUGGUUGGAGGCCAUUUGUUCCUCGAUGCAACAUCAGGAACCCAUGUUGAUUUUGACAAAGAAACGAAUGCAGGAGAAUCCUGUUUCUACAAAUUGGUGGCUAGGGACACUGGACUUCCUUCUGCCGCACCCCUUCCAAAGAGAUAUGCAGAAGUUGAGCCUGUGACAAUUGCUGAGCUCAACACUUUUGUCAUCACUUUUCCCUCACAGGUAGUAUGGAUAUCAAUGUGUUUCAAUAUUGUAAUAGAUUUUACAACAGUCUAUCUGCAUGUGAUGUUGGUGUAAAAAUGUAGGAGAUUGACUUACUAUGAACUUGGAGAGUUUCACGCCAGAUGGGAUGUCAGUUCGUGAAAACAUUGCAUCCGGCGAGGACAGUGGUGAGGCAUCAGAGAAUGCUGGAAAGGAGCCAGUCGGGAGCAGUGGGGAGACAUCAAAAAUGCUGGAAAGGAGCCAGUUGGUGAUGCACAUAAUACGGCUUCCACGUCUUCUGAUUGGUCAAGAAGGCGCGUGUUGCUUAAGAUUGAGCAUCAGUAGUUACGUUUUGAUGCUAUGAGCUAUAAUAACGUUUAUGCAUUUCAUUCCGUCUCGCAUUUCGCGUUUUAGCUUUCUACAAGGGUUUUUUUCUAAGUUUUUUUUAAAAUAUUGACUGUCUUAAUUGGUUGGAGCAAGUUUUUAAAUAUUAGUUUUUUUAAUACGUUGACAAUCUUCGUAUUAUAAUUCUUCGUCUACUAUUCAGUUUGCUAAUCAAAAAACCCAAAAAAAAAACGAUUACGAUAAAAACAUUAUUAUAUAACUUUAUGGAGUUUAUUAGUUGACGCAUUAGUUAACGAUUUUAUAGUUUAUAUGUAAUAGGACUGUAUAUUGCAGUUCUCAUGUUAACUUUAUAUAUGGAGUUUAUUA